AUGGUCUCAUUCUCUUCUCUCGUUCUCGCUCUCUCCACCGUCGCUGGCGUGCUAGCUGCACCCGGCUCGGAGCAGUACGUCGAGCUAGCCAAGCGACAGCUCACCAGCUCUCAGACUGGCACGAACAACGGCUACUUCUACUCCUUCUGGACCGACGGCGGCGGCAAGGUGACCUACAACAACGGCAACGGCGGCCAGUACCAGGUCGACUGGACUAACUGCGGCAACUUUGUUGCUGGAAAGGGUUGGAACCCGGGCAGUGAGAGAACGGUCACCUACAGCGGCUCCUGGGAGUCCAGCGGAAACGGCUACCUCUCCGUGUACGGCUGGAUGACCAAUCCGCUGGUCGAAUACUACAUCGUGGAGAGCUACGGCUCCUAUGACCCCUCCACUGGAGCCACCCAUCUCGGCACCGUCGAGAGCGACGGGGGCACUUACAACAUCUACAAGACGACCCGGACGAAUGCGCCGUCGAUCCAGGGCACGGCUACUUUUGACCAGUACUGGUCGGUUCGGACUUCGCACCGGGUGAGUGGAACUGUGACGACGAAGAACCACUUUGAUGCAUGGAAAAAGGCGGGUCUGAAGUUGGGGAACUUUGACUAUAUGAUUGUUGCGACAGAGGGGUAUCAGAGCAGCGGGUCUGCUACUCUCACUGUUUCUUAG